AUCGCUUACUGUACAAGUGUCGUGGAAUUUUAGUGUUCAAUCUGCCUAUCGCGCAUGUUUAUGGGAGGAAGCCGGGGUACCCAGGGAAAGACCCACAAAGGAAGGCCGGAGCCUGGAGUGAACCCCUUGCACUUGAUACUGAGGCAGACGUGCUAACCACUAAUCUACUGUGCUGCCCUCUCAACUAAUAUUUUUAACAAAUCCAAAAAAAUGGCUUAUUCAAGUCUAGACUAGACAUGUGCCGAUUACCGGUUUCGAGAUAUACCGUGGUAUGAAAACGUUAGUUUAAAAACCACAAAAAUUUUCCGUCAUACCGUCCCCAAGGUUCUAGCAAUUUGUUUUAUGUCCCAAAAAUGCAUGGAGAAAUCCCUUGCUUGCAGCUGCAAGGCUUGACCAUCCCCCACCGGUUGUUGCUCAGUGUAAGUGAGUCAGCUGUGCUACAUGAAGGCUGGAGGAGGUGAAACUCCUGAUCUUUUACAGACAUGUUUGCGGAGGGUGGCUGCAGAGGAGGCAAUACCUUCAAUAUGAUUUCGCAUUUAUACAAAAUUAACCCUAUAUUGCCAAAUGAAUCACAUUUGAUACACCUAAAAUUUCAUGAUUUUGAGACUAAUUCCGAAUUUUGACAUUCCUUUUUGAAAAAAAAAAAAAAUGAGAUAUGCAAGUCAACGCAUGCAUCUAAAGGUUCCAUGAGAAAAACAAACAGGAUUUAGCAAGGGUUAUAGAUAUCUGAGCGCUUAUUACAUAUUCAUUUUGACUUUUCUUUUUACAAAUUUGAAAAAAAGUUUUCAUUAGGACCUUAUUUUUCAAAUUUUGGGAUUCUCUGAUAAGUGCUUCAUAUUGCUGGCAUUACAGGGUUAAAGGUUGGUAAACUCUGUUAUGAACGUUUCCCACCAGCUACGAGCGUUAACUCCAGCGUGUUUAGUGUGUCUAGCGGUGGUAAAACGUGUUUUUUUUCUCUCUGAAAACAGUGUUGAGAAAGAGUGUGUGUGUGUGUAUAAUGAAAACAUUAUACAAGUCAUACACACAUGCUUUUUGUGGGGAAAAAAAAAGAUAUAUAUGUUGAGCUGUUGGUUUAGGCUCACCUAAAAGACUGCAUUUGUUUUAAUUUUAUUUAGAAUAUAUAUGGCAGAAAACACUCAGGUGACUUGAAGUUCCGAAACCCAAUUUGGCCAAAUUUCAAAAUUGUCCGAUAUGCAUGUGUGAUACAUCAUUGGAAUGCUUAAAAUCUCAAUUUUCUGGGGGAAGAAAAAUUUUGGGCAGGAGGUCAUUUAAAAAAAAAAUAAUAAUAAUAAAUAAAAAAUAAACAGCAAAACCCAUCCGGAGGUGAGAGCACCCGAGAGCAGAAUUACUGAUGCCAUGACUUUAACGAAAUAUUAUCGCGUACUUACCUUGUUUCGAUCCAAAAACUCCAUGUCCCAUGUAUCACUGAGUGUCAAGACACAGCUGUGAAUGGCCACAGAUGGAUUUUUGGCGAUUUUAUGGGUGAAACAUGGUAAUAUAACAAAGGGUCGCGAUGCAGAAAUCGCAGACAUCAAGGAGUGGUCGAGAUGUUCUUUUCCAGAUAUUUACCCUUUAAAACUUUUUUUUCUCCCAAUUUUUCUUUGUUUGAAUCAAUUAUAUCAUCUAAUAUAUCAGGGGAAAUGCAACAGUAACAAAAAAAAAAUACAAUUUAGCGAUAGUUAUGGGGUAGAUAUCGGUGACUUUUUGUUUGUUGUGACGUAAUUUGUUUAAAAGUUUAAUAUAUGCGAGUGAAUAAUUUUUUAAAGUCUUUUUUUUUUUUUAAACAAUAUUAGACCAAUUAAUGAUUCUAAGCUAAAAAUGAUAGACAUUUUGAAUAAUAAAUAUAAUUACUUACCUUGUUUUCAUGGCUGGGUUGAAACAAAAACGGUUGUAAACGGGGGUUUCAAGGGUAAAACGGGCAAAUUAAAAAUAGUUCGGGGGCUUAAUGCGCCAUGAAUCUGCUAUGGCAGCAUAUAGACUAAAUGUUCUAUCAAACACAACAGUUGUUUUGGCUUAAAAUACAGCAGUUUCUUUUAAAGAGGAGUGCAAGAGCAGAAACUGCUUUUUCAGUCUUCUGUUUUCCGCCAUAUAUAUAUAUUUUUUUAACUUUACAUUAUACUUAGGUUCCAGUUUGCUAAUAUGUUAUGAAAAAUCAAAAUCCUGUUCAAUGGAAAAAACUUUUUUUUUUUUUUUUUUUAACAGAGAUUUCUGAAAGUAACACAUUUUAGAGUUGUAAUUGCAAUACCUUGAUACCGUGAUAUUUUGGCUGAAGGUUAUACCGUCAGAAUAUCAUGCUGGCACAUGCCCAGUCUAGACUGGUCAAUAUUUAGUCAAUUUUCUGGUUAUUGGCAUGAUGGCCCGUUUGGACUUAGGCGAAAACAUGGAGGAAUCGAACGUUAUUGAGAUACACUGGUGAGCAUUGGGCUGUAAACCACUUUUGAGAAAAAAAACAAUAAAAUUCACCUGAUAAAACCACUAAUGAUUUUAUUUGAUGGGGUAGUAUUUUAGUUCAGUCUGCAAGUGUACUUUGAAAUGCAUUCAUAUUGAAACUAUUAAAAAAAAAAAUUCCCCAAACAUUUAAUAUUUUCUUUUUAUUCACACAAUUUAAUUGAAUUCGUCUUGUCUGUCACACCAUGAAUGAAUUUGGCGUGAUGGUAUUUCUUUCCAAACCGUCAGGUGGCGACAGAUGUAAUCAAGAGAAAACGUCGAAGAAGAAACACUGACGAACUCGACUUGUACAAAGUGUACAUGGGAAAACACACACGAAAGAAAGGUUGACUGCGUCCAUAAUGCCGUAUCUGGGCAAUGAUGACACGGUGAAGGACUUGAAGAGGGUUCUCUCCAACCCCCACGUCCAAUCUGACCAGCUGCGUUACAGGAAUGCGAUUCUCAAAGUCAUCAGGAUAAUGUCGCAAGGUGUAGAUGUCUCCAGCCUGUUCAGUGAGAUGGUCAAAGCAUGUGCCACAGUAGACAUUGUCCAGAAGAAACUGGUCUAUGUCUUCUUGUGCUCAUAUGCCUCUCUGAACCCAGAGCUUUCUCUGCUGGUCAUCAACACACUGAGGAAGGACUGCCAAGAUCCAAACCCAAUGGUCCGCAGCUUGGCCUUAAGGAACAUGACCAACCUGAGGUUGCCCAGUUUGAUGGAGUAUGUGGAGCAGCCUCUCACAGCUGGACUUAGAGACAGAGCGGCCUGUGUGCGACGGGUUGCUGUUCUUGGUUGGGCCAAACUGCAUAAACUCCAACCUAAUUCGGAAAUCGAUGGUGCAGUGGUGAAUGAGCUGUACAGCCUUCUUCGGGACCCAGAUCCUGUGGUGAUGGUGAACUGCCUUCGAGCUCUGGAAGAGAUCUUGAAGGAGGAAGGAGGGGUUGCAAUUAACAAACCCAUUGCUCAUCACCUCCUCAAUAGGCUGAAGGAAUGUGACGUGUGGGGUCAGAGUGAAGUUCUUAAGAUACUCCAGCGCUAUCAACCUCACUCUGAAGAUGAGCUCUUUGACAUCCUCUCUCUGCUGGACGCUUCCUUGGUCAGCCCUCACACGCCAGUCAUGGCCGCCACGCUGAGCCUCUUCCUUAGCCUGUGCUCGACUUUGCCUGCAGUCAGCCUGGCAGCUCUGGAACGAGUACGGGGUCCCCUGCUGGCUGCUUGUGGGAGUGCAUCUAGAGAGAUCAGGUUCACUGUGCUAUGCCACAUUCAGUUGCUCUUGCGCUCUGUCCCUGGCCUGAUGGGGGCACACUACAAACGUUUUUUCUGUGGCUAUGCUGAACCAGCAUAUAUCAAGCAGAGAAAGAUGCAGGUGCUGGUAGAGCUGGUAAAUGAUGAUAAUGUUGCAAUGUUACUGGAUGAACUGAAAGAAUACUGCACUGAUGUCAACACAGACACUGCCCAAGCUGCAAUAUCAGCUAUUGGUCGUAUUGGACGGAGCUACAGCGACAGAUGUCUCGUGAUUCUCACUGGACUGCUCGGGCUUAAACAAGAGAACAUCACAUCUGCUGUGGUACAGACAAUGCGGGACCUAGUCUGGGUGUCUCCACAGUGCAGUGACACUGUGUGUAAUGCUCUGGAGGGGUGCGAGGAAAUACUGCACGAUAGUCAGGGUAAGCAGGCCUUACUCUGGUUGCUGGGAACAUAUGGCGAUAAAGUUUUCAGCGCACCCUACACGCUGGAGGCGUUCAUUGACGGAGUGAGGUGUGAAACCUCUUCCGCAGUCAAAAUGGAGCUACUGACCGCCACAUUGAGGUUGUUUUUGUGCCGCCCUGCUGAAACUCAGGACAUGCUUGGAAGGCUGCUGCAUUACGGCAUAGCAGAAGAGGAGACAGACAUGUGUGUCCGUGAUCAGGCACUUCUCUACUACCGCCUCUUGCAAUGCGGGGUUGACGAGACACGUAAGGUGGUCCAAGGUCGGAGGUCAGACCCUUCCCUCGGUGUUCUUAUUGGACGUCCUGCAGAGCCCGUAAGUCAGUGGGCUCACAUCUUCAACACACUGACGCCUCUUUGCCAGAUCACAUCAGAAACCGAAUUAGUCAACAGUAGCUUUCAACACACAUCAUAUCAACCCAACUCUGACCUCUCAGAUGCUAUGAACGCCUGUCAACUUCAAAGCAUUGAAGAGAGUGUUGGGGAGCACACACAAUCGCCUUCAGACAUCCUGGUUACUAGCACUAUAGUCCCUCUCAGCUUACUUCCCACUUUAACUCCAGCGGAGUUUGAGCAUCUGUGGAUCCAAGGUAUUACGCAUACUGAGAAAGAGCAGGAUGGUGUUUGUAUGAUAGAACAUGUCCAGUGUCAUAAUGUCACUCACUCCUCCUCGCAAAGUUUUCAGGCUGCAAUGCAGUUGGUCAACAUCCAGACAUUGGCCUUCACGCCAAUAAAUGUACUCCCUUGGAGGGUUUAUCUGUAUACGCACACUGAAGCCCCUCCUUGCAGCACACUCAUACUGGGAGAGUUACUUUAUACUGGAAAUGCAAAUGAGGAAGAAGAUGCCUUUGAGCACACGAAGGGCUACCACGAUGCAAAUAUAAUUGUGGUUGGAGAACAAAUAGAGAGAAAGGCAAAUCAUGAAGAGGACGUCACAUUAGAAGGGAAGAACAAGAGUGAUUUGACAAAGGACAAUGGACAAGUAGCAAAACUAAAAGUGACUCUAAAGCAGAAACCGAGAGAUGACAAAGCUCUGAGGGGUUUCCUUUCCAUACUCACCACUGUACUUCAUACACUUUCUCCAGAGGGAGAAUGAAUGUUUUUAAUGCUUCUUACAUUUUCUCCCUGUCUUUGUUUAGAAACAUUUACUGUGUGAAAUAUUUACAUCCUGUUGUGGAUAUGGGUGUGACAAUACAGUCCCUGACAAAAGUCUUGUCGCUUAUCCAUUUUGUAGAAACAAUUGCUAAUAACCUGACUUUUAAUUAUUCAUUUGGUUUCAGAAAUGGCUCAUAU